GUUAGUUUGAAUAACAUUUGUUAUAUGACGCAUUAUUAGAUAUUUUCAAUUGCUAGAUUCGAAAAAUACGGUUUUUUCCCCUCGGAAAGUUUCUAGUUAAUUGUCAACUUGUGCAGAGUACACAAAAAUUUACAUUAAUUUAAGAUGUUGGCGGCAUGUAUCGUUAAUCAAGAGAAUUUGAGCAACAUGGGUGUACAGUGCGCCGUUCCCCACUGUAAAAAUGCUUCUUUACGACACGCCAAUAAUGAAAACAAGAAGAGGAUUUCGUAUCACAUGUUUCCAAAGGACGAAUUUUAUAAAGAAGAGUGGAUAAGCAAAUGUCGUCGCAGUACUCCUUAUAAUUACGACAACGCUUACAUGUGUUCGGAGCAUUUUGCAAAUGAUGAUUUUUUGCGUGAAAUCAAAAGCGAAUCACCGCAUCUCCCAGUCAAGAGAAAGUUAAAACCUGAUGCAAUACCGUCUCGGCUUUUGGGCAAUCCCUUCAUCAUUGAGAAAUCUCCAAAAGAUAAAGGGAGAAAAAGACGCUAUGAGAUGCGAAAACGUAACCCUAUGAAUGUAAUUGAAUCGGAUUCAGAUGAAAGAAAUACCGCCACUUUGACGAACCCACCUGAAGUAAUUUCACCACCUCCGAAGGAAGUCAAAGUUGAAGUAACUUCUGCGGCCAAGAAACUGAAAACAGAGGAUGAUGAUAUCGACACAGAAGAAAAUUUGCAAAAAAUUUUGAAUAUCGUCCUCGAGAGGAUACACUGUUUGGAGCAAGAACUGGAAGGUUUGACGCAUAUCAUGGGAGAUAUUAAGGGAAGAAUUGAGAAAAUCCAAAGCAGAUAUUGAAGUAGGAUCUAUGUCUAAUGUCUAGAAAAAUGGGCUGCGUAAUUCUUUAAUUUAAAAGGACAUGAUUAUUGAUCUCAACAAAAUAACAACUGGAUUUCCUAUAUAUUUUUAGAAUUUUCGUGACAUAAAAUAAAUAGAAUAUUUUGCAGUUGCGGGAAAAGAAACCAAAAAUACCAGAGUUUUUCCCCAGGAAUGUGUAAAUUGUUGUGUGGUUAAAUGAGAUUGAGCCCAAAAUGAAUAAAGUAAACUGAUCAGGAAUGUGGUGAGUCGGUAGUUAAAUUCCUUCGGAUUCGGACAUAUUUUCGCUUUUCUGUUUAGCUUUGAAUCGAUUUUUGUUACCUUCUGAUUGAAUUCCUGAUGAUGAUAUUUGUAUUUAAGUAACUUUAAGGUUUUAAUUAUUAAUCCAAAUUUGUGGAAUCUUCUUUUAUUUCAUUAAUAAACAUCAUCGAAUGUUUUAA